UAGUAUGAGCAUCCGUGCUUCAAGCAUCUCGAGUCCUUCUUUUCGACUCUCUCAGCCAGCUGUUAUGCUAUAUAAACGGACAUCCGGUUUCUCCAUCCACAAUCCCCAACAGCACAUCGUCUCUCAUUCGACGCCCCUCAAUCACUUCACUCCGUCAUUCCGCAAAACCACCAUCUCAACUCACAAUCCUCCAACAUGAGAUUUAUCCACACCAUCCUGCCCCUAGCAGCACUCAUCAGCGCCGCUCCCACGAGCACCGAGCCCACCAUCCCAAGCCACGACCUCAAGCUCGUCCUCGAGGGAACAGGCGAAGACGCAGUCUGGCGGCUCCUCGACGCCAACAUCCCCGCGCACGUCGACACCAGCCCCGGCACCACAACAUCCGCGCUCGCCCGCCGCUCCGCCUCUCUCACGCUAGACAAGCGCUGGGAGAUCCAAUGCCACGACAGCAACAAAGCAGAAGCGACGCAGUGCCGCGUCCUAGCCGACUCGGUCCGGAACUCUAGAUCUCCCAUCCCGCGCUCGCCGCGCCAGAUCGUCUAUGGCAACUGCUAUAUCAGCUGGUCUGCGGUUGUGAAUAAGGAUCAGUCGAGUCUUUACUAUGCUGCGGCUGAUACGACGGAUCAGUGCAGGAACGGGGUCAAUGGGAAUGGGGAGCCGUUGGUGAGUGGGGUUGCUAAGGGCUAUUUGGAGGUUGGCGUUGCGCAGUGCCUGUCUAAUCGUGGGACUGGGUGCACGAAUUAGGCGGUCCUGGCUUUUCUUUGUAUGGCUGUGUUUGGUGGGGUGGUGUUGUUGUUGUCUUGUGAUUGAGUAGGGGCUUGAGAGUAUUCGACUCGGGCUAUACUGUACUUCUGUAAGACUUGAUACUUCAUACUGUAUCAUGUAACCUGCAAAUAACUUUGUACUUCGUGCCACCUUACUUGGGCUUUGAUUAACCCAUGUUUUGGUUUGAAGGCAUGAUUCUGGAAGUCUGGACGUGAGAUGUAUACCAAUAUUCUUGCUAUACAGGUCUUUUACCUAUGCUGAACGAAAAAGGUG